UGAAAUUUCUUCGAGGAGCGAGUUGUCGGCGUUGUUUCGACCGUUUCUUGUCUUCAGGAAUAACUUUCCGAACGUGUCUCCUUAUUGAAGAUCAAGAGAAGCAACUGGUAAGUUUUUAUAACCGCUUAUCGACUAGUUUUGGAAGUUAACGGGGCGAGCUGUUUAACCUAAGGGAUCAGAGCCGAGAAUUAUUUGCCUGUAUUGUAACACCAAAAAUGGCUCAUUCCUUCUGGGAAAAAAAAUCUUCAACAAACAGCGAUCUAACAGGAAAAGGGUUCUGUUUUUAUUUCAAGAAGAAAUUUUCCUUCAUGCCUAGUAUCUGAUCGCUCGAAAAAACCUCAUGGAAUAUUAUAAAUAUAGCAGUGUACAGUUUCCGCUAAGUAAUUCGUGGAGCCAUGGAUUACCUUAGUGAGGUUAAUGUUGCUCGAAUUUAGCUCAUCUGAUAUUUGUGUUGAUGGUUUCGCAACUUUGAUGAAACACGCUUUAAGCUUUAUGACCGAGAACGAGUUUUACUUUAUAAUCAAAGAAAAAUCCGAGUAAUUCUCCGUUAUGGUUUUGAGUUCUUUGUGGGCGAUCUAAUGCAUAUUUACAUGUUCUACAACAAAGCUGGAAAUUUAUUGGCAAGUUUGCUCGAUUUUUAGAUAUUUUGUUGGUAAAAAUAUAGUGAUAAAUCUCCCUCUUACUCUAAAGUGGAAGAAUAUAAGUCACGAAGGGCAAAAAAUACAAGAGAGAACCGGCUUUUGCUUGCAGAAAUUUCCCGAGCGUUCAUUGUUAUUGUAAGAAAAUCUUCGAGGCGUUGAGGUGAGAUGGAAAGCGUUGAUGUCGAAACAACUGCAAAUCCAAAUCGCUGUAUUUUUUUUACGUAUAUAUAGAGAGCGUAAUCACUAGCAUUUGCUUUGCAAGUUUUUUUUAAUUAAUUGCGCUUAGUUUCUAUAUCAGUGACGACGAGCAAAAGUUCGAUUCGUUUUGUUCAUGCAUAAUUCUUAAAUGCCACAUGUCAUAGCAAUUUGGUAUCAAUUUUUAAUCUAACAUGUAAAAUGCAAGGCAUUGAUAAUUCCGUCAAAAUCGGCAAAGGAAAACUCGACAAGCCCGUUGUCUAACUUUCAUUUACAAAGCUGAAAACUGAUAACAUUUUGGACAACUAGGACAGCGCGUUUUACGAGAGAAAUUGAAAGUUCCGAAGCCGCGGAAAUAUUCUUUAGCUUCAUGAGCCGGCAGAUUUUUCAGUAGUUAGUAAAUUGUGAAUCUCCGAUUGCCUUAGAGAAUAUAUUACCCGAGCUGAAGAUCAGAAAUUUCUCCAUCUUCCUUGUAAAAAGGGUCGAUAGUUUCCUGCAUGGAUAUUUUACAAGCUCAGAGUGAAUGUUGGUCGCCCUCUUGAAAUUUUCGUGAGUAUCGGGUAUCUUUCGAGAUCAAAACAAAUUUCCUUUCUGCAGGGUUCUUACAAAAAAAAAAUAACCCAUGAAUUUUAAAAUAUCACCUCUAAAUUGGCCAAGCCCUUCCUGGAGUUUACCGCAUUAUCAUAUCAAUAAGAAUAUACGCUCGGAUUUUAAACAAACAAUUUCUGUUCAACACUGGGCAAAUGUAAAGAUCGAACUACUGUCUUCAGCGAGGACUCAAUCUAGUCGUGUGUUGCAGAAGUGCUCAGAUAAAUAAACUCCCCGGCGAAAGAAACGGUCUGAUUUAUCUACAGCUUUGCUUAAGAGCUCACUUUGUCUGUGCCUGGAUAACUAUUUUCAAAAUGUUUUCCUUUCUCUGCUUUCAAUAAAUUGCGGUGGGUCAAACAGUCUGCUUACUCUAUCCUGUGGCAUGUUUGGAAUGGGAUUCCCCUGGUAAAACUCAUUAGUCGUGCAUACUCGAACCUGUCUCAAAUAACGUGAUUUUGCCUUGAAACCACACUUGAACAAAAUGAGAACUGUUGACUCCACAGAUCAAAUGUCAAAAGGCAAUCACAUGCUUACAAAAAAAAAUGCGAAAAUUCAAAUUACAGCACUGUGGUUUUGUAACUAGUAGUGGUGAGUUCAACAAGGCGAAGUCACCUUAACCUCUUGUUUCAUCAAGGUAUGUUAUUUAUUAGUUCAAAAGCUUUCUUGAAAUUUUAUUUGAAUACCUGGAUUGUUAUCAUAGGAUUAAAGGACUCUUAUUCUUACAGGUUUAUUUUGGUAAUAAUUUAUCAGAUUAAGCAUUCAAAACUCAUGAAGGCUUUUGUUGGAAAAUACUUAACUCUUUAACUCCCAAGAUCUCAUUAGUAAUGCUCCUAACUGUCUGCCAUACAGUUCUUGUGAUGGUAGUUCGGAGAAUUUGGUAUUGGAUCAACUUAUAGUCCCUUGACUAUUUUCUUCAUUCUCAUCCCUUGUCUGCUUGAUAUUGUACGGAGAAAUUUUUUCUUGAUCACUCAUGGGAAUUAAAGGGUUAACUUGAAUCUACCUUUCAAUCCACAGUGCUUCCAGCAAAGAUCCUAGGAAAAAAAAUGCCUCCAGGGACAAAGAAACGAAAGACAGAGGAUUGUUGUUUUACAAGUUGUGUUGGUGGUAGUCCAAGAUAUAUCACUAGACUUUUUCUUCGUGAGCGAAGAGCAAGUGGAAUUGAAAGCAUAGGACAGUAUUUUGGAUGCUUACCUCCUGAGAUGCUGAAUCUCUUAUUCUCUUACCUAGAUGCUCCAGCACUGUCCUCAAUAGGGGCAACUUGUCGUGUUAUGAAUUCACAUGCCAAACGUUUAUGGAAACCAUUGUGUAUGAGGCUGGCACUUGUUCACAAACCCACUGUUUUGUGUGUGGCAAAUCCUUUGAGCGAGGAAUCAAUAUUUUCAUAUGAUAAAGCUGUUGAACUUUGCACAGGUGAAAAGCGCUGGGAAGUAAUGGCAGCAAGGAGCUGGUUAUACUCAAAAUGGCGCUGUGUGGUGUGUUAUCGGAACUGUUCUCAUCGGGUAGAUGUUCAUUUUGAUGUGACGCUCUGUGACAGCUGUCACCCUUUGUUUUACAGACGUAAAUGCCAUGCCAAGGUAUGUCAAGCAUCAGGUGUUUGAAAGUCCCAAUCUUUGACAAGGCAAUAGUAACACUUAUAACACCCCUCCCUUACUGAGGUCCUCUGUGCCUUGGGAGGGGUUUGUAAUUGUUACUUUUUCUCUCUGUUGUAGAUUGCUGCUCUGACACUUUAAAACUUUUAAGAAGUGUAUUUAUUGCUGAAAGAAACAGUGGAGGGAAGAGCCUGGUGCUCUGCAUUCCUGUCUAUUUCUUGCUCAGUUUUUGACAUAAAGGAACUUAUUCAUUUGCAGCUGAUACUCUCCCUCAAAUAGCCUUAUGCAAGGUUAAGGUGACAGUUUGCUGGUACCCUUUAAAACUCUUGGGUGGAGCUGAGAGGAUUAUCCAAUCACCUGGUUGGUGGUGGGUGGGGGGGGAGAGGGAGUGCAUGUUAAUAUAGGCUCCAUUUCUGUUUUUGUGUAUUUCUGACUGACGUGCAUGGUCCUCUUGUGAAGAGAGAGGCAUAAGCUUGUUUUUUGAUUGUUGACCAUAGUUGAAUGUAAGAGAAGUUGGCACAGACCAGAGAAAAGUUCUACAUCUUGUCAUGGGAAUGGAAUAAUCUUAAUGCUUUUGACAUUUCCAAUCCUUGCAAUAUGCAAGCUAAGACCUCAGUCUUAUUUGAAACUGCCUGUAGUAACAACUAAGCUCACUACCUUUUUAUCUGUAGCUUAGUAAGUAUCAGAGAAUACAAGGAAUUAGGAUGCAACUCUGCAUGCUUUAGAUUUUUUACCCUUGCCUCAUGCUUGUGACAUUUGAGGCAAAUAUCAUCUUUAUUUCCUUACCACGCUCAAAAUUUACCAUAUUUCUCAAUAUAUUAUCAGUGAAAAUUUUUCCCUCUCAUCUUUAAGCUGAUACUUAAAUUUUUACAAGCAAAAACUCCUUUUUUUUCUCCAAUAGGAGCAAUUUAGUCUCACUGAGAGAGAUCUUAGGACCAUUGACAAUGACUCUUAUGAGUUCCUAGUAUCAGAUCUUGUUACUCUUGCGAGAAGGAAAUAUGGAAGUAGAGAAGCACUGCAAGACAGACUUAAUCACAAACAACGGCAGAAGAACAUGAGGGAAGCAGAGAAACAAUGUGCUUUGGUUCAGCGAGAGAGGGAGGUUUUACGAGCCCUUGAAAGUAUGAACAGCUCCUAUAGUGAUAUAGAAACUGUCGAUGCAAGGUGCAUGCCAUAUGUUAGUACUCCUGCAAGUUACCAGUAUGCUCCACAACAAUCAGCGGAGGAUGCAGCAAAGUGGUUGAUUGGAUGGAAGAAUAGACAGGAGACAAGGCAGAAGCUGCUAAUGGCAGAAAUCGAGGCACGGUCAACUCGGUGUAAGGGGUGCAGAGCUCGUUACGAUUACAGGUAAGGUGUUUGAAUUACUUAUCAGUUGAAAUGGUAAAGGUAAACUCUACUCUCAAGCCAAGUGGCUUACAACCAGGCAGAUCUUCUAGUGGUCUCCAAAGUAUGAGGUAAUCAUGAAUAUUAAGCAUGCAUCAAUCAAAUUGGGGUUGGCAAGAGGUCUGCCAAGGAUCUUACCAGAAAGAACUUUCCAGUGUAGAAAUGCUUGUGCCAAAGGACUAAUAAUACAGCCCUGUGUACAAACUAAGGACUACGUGCAUCUCAUAUAUUGGUAAUCUCUACCAAAAUCUUUGGUUAUUUAUAAGGAACCUUUCUGCUAUAUUGAUGAAAUUUUAGCCAGACGUUACAUGUUUAGUGAUAAAACUUACAGAUCAAUAUCAGUAUCUGGACAACUGCCUGCCUACCCUUCCCCUAACCCAAUUGGAAACACGUUAGGGUUAAUGUUGGGUUAGGGGAGGGGUAGGUGGGCAGUUGCCCAGAUACUGAUAUUGAUCCAAACUUGCUAUAUACUUAUUUUAAUAGAUAGUAAUUGGUGUUGAAACUACAGAUCUCUCUCCAGGUUACCAUCAGCCAUCAAGUGCACUCAUGUCCUGGAAGAAAAUGCCACAAAGUUGAUGGAAACUAUUAAGGAACAUUUCAACCAUGACAUACUUCACUACACACGACAUGGACAACUGAAUAUGGAGACUGGAGUCUAUGAUAUGGAGCACCGAUCAGCGCAGGAACUGUUCUUGCGAAAUGAAAGGAGAACAAAGCUGAUGGAGGAAUUAGAGAUCAGGAAAACAGAGUGGCCUUCCAUUUUGAAUGGUAUGAGUUAACCUAUAUUUUGGGACACAGCAAGGAUUAAUUUACAGUGGUGAAUACCAAAGGAGUAUGGGUCUGUAACCAGCCCAACCCCCCUCCCCAUCCCCAUCUGACCUACAGACCCAUAUCAAAGUUUUGAUCUGCUGUCAAAAAAAAAACUGGAUCUACCUUUGAGUUACUGUGACAAGUCUGUCUAACAAACUUAUCCUUAAGCAUUGUUUCCAAAUAAACAGAAAUUAAAUCAAUGUGACCUAGUUUGUGGAAGGAAAUUUUGUCAGAUGGAACAAAGAAUUUCAGGAAUAUUCUCCAUAUUGCCUGACACCCUUUCUGCUCUUAUUUCUAAUUCAAACAGGACAAAAAAAUGCCAUGAGCUGCACCUAUGCCCAGGACUUCAUUUACAAAGGUGUGGCCAUACUUGACAACGACGGGAACAAGUGUCGUCUGCGUAAUGCCAAGGAUGUGGCCAGGGUGAUUUUAGCAAAGGCAUGUGGUUGGAAUUCAAGAAAUAAAGAAGUAAUGAGUGAAUUGGAAAAGAAAGGAUUUUUUCCACCAUUUGAUAGCCUCAAACUGGAGAGCCAUCUUUUGAUGGAUGAUUUUGUUGAGAGCAGUGUUGUGGUAAGAAAAACCUUUUCACUGCUAGUGCAUAACAGUUUAUAUACUAUCAUAGAGGUAUUCUUCUCAUAUGAAAAUAGACUUGCAUAGUUAUCUAGGCUUUUCCUGAUUUUGAAGCCUUCGUGUAGGAAUAAGAAGUUUUGCUAAUAUUCUUUUGUGGGAUGCUCCAUGUAUUGUAGAGGAUUCCCUACCAGUGUUUUAUUAGGCUAGCUAGUACCCAAUAUCAGACUGAAAAAAAAAAGAAAAGAUUUUUGGGCAAGAUCGUAUGGAAUCCAGCUCCCUGUUACACUAGCGAUGAUGUACUCUGAUCCUCUCUACAAGGGUAGUUCUUAGAAGAUAAUUGUGGUAUUAUCAACUGAGUUGAUAAUGUAAAUUGGCCACUGUAAAAAGUUUCAAAGCUGAUGUUUUGAGUGUUAGCCCUUUGUCAGAGCCGUGGUCAAUUUACAUUAUCAGCUCAGUUGAUAAUACCAAAAUUAUAUUGCUAUAAUCCCUCACCAACACAGCACCACAAUUUCUAAAAACACAGUCUAAUUCCAUUUUGAGCCAAGAAUGACUGUUGUCAGCAAUAGUGAUUGACAUCCUUGGCAGAAGUCAUCAUCAGUUUAGCCGCUCAAUUAUUAGACCAUGUGAUCAAAUACCCCCCUCCUCCCCUUCCCCCACAUUCAAAACAUUAACUGUAUUGUAUACUGUCAAACCUUUAACUCCAAUGAGUGACCAAAAGAGAAUUUCUCCUGACGUUAUCAAUACAAUAUCAAGCAGACUAGCAGUGAGAAUAAAGAACAAGAUCAAUUAGGGGAUUAUUAGUUGAUCCAAUACCAAAUUCUCUGAACUAACAUCAAGAAUUAUAUGGCUGGUAGUAAGGAGAAUUGCUAGUGAGAUCUUGGGAGUUAAAGGUUAAUAUAUUUCUUCCUUUGAAAACUUAAUAAUUCUCAAUGUUGUGUUUAUUUCAGGUUCAUGGCGACAAUAUCAUUGCUUGUUCUUCAACUGAGGUAGCAGAUAGAAUAGCUGUGAUUGAGGGCUUGGAAGAGGAACAGAAAUCAUCUGCUGCACAGAGAUGUGCAAGGAUUUACGCUGAAUGCAACAGGAAACCAGGUGAAACUUAACCCUUUAACUCUCAAGAUCUCAUGUAGUAAUUCUCCCCACUGUCUGCUAUUUAGUUCUUGAGAUGUUGGUUUGGAGAAUUUAACAGUCUUAAUAGGUCAUGUAGAGAGUUAGUAGGUCUUCUUAAGCUCUGUUUAAAUUUGAAUAAAAUGAAACGCACAUCAAAUUGAUAUCAUACCAGCCACAAGAAAAAUAAAAAUAUAGUUUAGUUUGCUGAUGGAUAAAACACCCUUCAUUACCACUUCAUAUGUGCAGCUCAUGAGUUAGAAAAUAACUUAUAAAAUUAAUUUUAAUUGUAAUUAUUAAGGAGAGAUUUUUAAUCAAGGGUAAUGGAAAUUUAAACCAGACAUCUUUAUUAGGCAUGAAUUCAAAUACUCUAAGGAGGUCGGACCUUGUUCACUUGAUCUCCAAGCUGCAAAUAGUGCAUUUCAAGUAGCCAAUUGUCAUUAUUAUUUUUAUGCAUACUUUUAAGUGAUGAUAGACUAAUUUAAAAAUUUCAAGAUCCUUAAUAGAAAUAUAAUAAUAUACUUGAAAAAAUUAUGUGUAUCUGAUUGGCAGAAAACAAGUGCAUUUUUUGAUUAACUCAAGUGAAAAGUUGAAUACAAGUGCAAAUUGCAAAUAGCACAUACGCAGUAAGAUGUCUGACUUGCCUGAACUAAACUUGACUUGGAAUUCCAUUACCUAGAUGGCCAUAAAUUUAUCAUCUCUAUUAACCAAUUUUCAUCAUUACUUUUAUUCAGACAUCACUGCUCUGAGACAAUUGCGGAAAAACAGUCUUGUCAAAAGCUUGAAUGUAAAGUCUUUUUCUGAAUGUGGGCCCAGCUCUGAUCGCCGGUGGUCACCUGCCCAUGAGUUCAUCAACUGGUAGGUUAACCUUCUUGUCUUAGUCCUUUAUAACUGUUUUUCUACCUUACUUGCCUGUUAAUCAAUACAAAAAUAUUCACAAAGCUUGAGUUGCAGAGAUCUGAAGUCUUGCCCAUUAAGUGUGAGACUCUUACCAACAAAUUUAAUCUUGCACUCUCCAACUAAAACUACUGUUUCUCACCCAUGUAAGGUUUCUGAUUUAAAUUGUUGAUUUUGAGAGGGAAAACUUUUGCUUUAGUUAAGUACCUACCUUUAAAACAAUUUACUCCUUGCUCGCCAUCAAAAGAAAUUGUUGGUCAGAAAAAAGGAACACAUGUCUAAGCUACCUUAAUUUUUUCACAAUUUCCCAGAAGAGUAUGCUUCCACUCUCCCUCAGGAGAGUGAUGCAUCACAAUCAAAGCCAUAGAGGUUUAAAACCUCACAGGCUGUCAGCAAAUCCACAUGAUUGCUCUGUAGGUGAAAAAUUGUCUCAGUAUAAUUUCUUACUAAUAAGAUUAUCAAUGACAAAGAAUUAAGAGUACUUCUAAAUUUAUUCUUGAUAUAUUUAUUCAUAAAUUUUUGUCUGUUGCAGUGGAACAACUACGUCACUUUUUGGGUACAAGGUGACCACGCCUGAGGCAGUUUCAUCUUUGAUAAGGCUCAAACAAGAAAUCCACUCUCAAACGAAGAUGCUUUAGAAUCUAUAGUAAUGUAAUGUCAAUAGUGAUUUUUGUAUAAAAUGGUCAGUAUGCUAUUUUGUUAGUGAAAGGUGAAAGUGAGUUAAUUUUCCAGCCUUAGGGUGAUAUCCAAAUUAUGGAUGUGUUAUAACCAAGCAUCAUUGUUCCUACAAGUAGUUUCAGAAUAGUAAAAUUUUACAACUACUUCCUUUGGUGUAAACAACAACGCAUCAAAUAUUAAAACUUGAGCUUAGAUUGUAAUAAUAUAAGGUAAAAAAUUUAGCUCCGUUAUGUCAAUCUGCAGUAAAUUCAAGUAUUAACAUAUCUUAAAUCUAAAAAUGUCGGCAGUGUUCUGGCAGAGAAAAAAUCUUCUAUUGAUUGUGUCCUGAUUCUAAUUUUCAAAUUGUGCGAACUACAGUUAUAAUCUCACUAUUAGAAAUGUACAUGGUUCACGUUCAGGUUAAUGAGAGGGUGCAAUCCUCUUUUAUUAAUAAUAAUUAUUAUCUAUUAGUUUACUUGGGGCAUGAUGGUCAUGUAAUAUUUUAUGAAGGCUAUUUGCAUUUGUGCAAUUGAAGUGCUGAUAAAAUUUAUUAUGCGAGACUUUUUUUGGCCUCUUUUUUUCUCAGAUCUUCCAAACCAAAAUUUACAUGAUUACACUGAAACUGCUUGUAUUGAAUAUGCGACUUUCUAGAGGUAAUCUUCUGUCCUGCUUCAAAAAAACAAAAUUAAUCUUGCCAAGAAGUACAUGUAACAAUGAUCAACUGGAAAAAACUUAUUACAAAAUUUAUCCAAUUUUGGAAAGAACUGAACUUCCAUAUUCUGCUGUUGUUUUGCAUUUAAAAAUUAUGCAAUUGAAUAUAUAAUUGUUUUGGAUUUUUUAACGACUUUUGCCUUUUAGCAAAGAGAUAAAUCGUCAUUAUUGUGCCAUACACAAAAUUAGUAAGCUUACUUCUUUCAAAUGCUUCACACCAUCAACCAUUUCUCAUGAUUUUAGCUCAGUGAGUUUGAUGUGAAAUCUUAGAACAUCUCCCCUAGGUGUUGGGAGAAAAUCCUAUUAGGUCACUCCUGAGAGUACCAGGGUUAAAAAAAAAUACAUGAAGUUCCAUUUUCUUUCUUUUCUUUUCUGAAAUACCAUUUGAGGCAGACCCUAGCUUAAAUGUUCACUAACUUUCUAUAUGCUUUUUGCAUCUUGUUGUCUCUUCAAUGGUUUGAUGUCAUUGUUAAAAAUUACGUCAAUCUCUUUCCCAUGAAAACUCUCUUUAACUCAAAUCCAACACUACAUGAAGACUUGCAUUUUCAUAACUGUACAGAGAAACUCAAGAAUUUUUGCACAAGAACCUUUUUAUACCAAAUGCUAUACAAGGAGUGAAUGCUUAAUUGAUAAAUAUACUUGUGGUGGUAGUGAAAACCCCACUAAGCAAUAGUUUUCUCAACAGAAACAUUAGGACUGCCGUUAAAUUGUAGUUUCUAAAAGUUCAAGAGAGUGAUUUAAAAACUAAGCAGCAAUUGAGCUAGCUGAGAAAUCCAAGCUGAUAUUAGUGCUCAAGAGGUUACAGUUGUAAUAGAAUAACAUUAUUAGAGUAAAAAUUUAGAAAUUAGUGGAGUUCAAGAUUGACUGUGCAAACAUUGUCAAGGAUCUACUCUUUCCAGUCUUGUUACAAUUCAAAAAGAAGGUUAUUCAGAUAUUCAAGAAAUAAACUCCAUUCAUAAACCCUUGUCACAUGUCAUUAUUUAAUUUAAAUUUAUUAUAAUAGUUAUUAUUAUUUUGACCAGACACUACAUGUG